ACCUAGCUAGAGGCCACUCACUAGGUAUUCACUAGUUGACAAUUGCCCUAAUGUGCUGUUGCUGAGUGAAAACACGGCAGUUACUUAGGUCAUGUUCUCUCCAACACUCCAACACUCCCACAUAAAUACUUAGGUACUUUCCCCGUGCCUCAGACAAGAUGUGUUGUUCUUUUUUCCCUCGCCACAUUCCCAUCUCAUCCCAUCAUCUCCUUCCAUAUUUGUCCUGUCUCACCUCACGCUAUCAUCAAUCCCAUUUACCCUCAUCCAUCGAAAACAAUGGACCAUUCAACCAACAAAAUGACCAUGUCACGCCAAUGCGCACCCAAGGAAAUCUUGAAAAAGGAACUCUCCAGUAGAGAGUACUCCCUUUUCGAGGAGUGGGCCCCAGACACCCUGAAAACUUAUUCUGCCAGUAUCCCUCCUCCUGCCACGCAAACAGAAGACCACCAGCGCCAAACCAUCUCACCCGUCAACGUUCAGGGUUAUCCCAACAGUCCCAGACGCAUGCAGAUGCGCUCAUCCUCGCUUUUUGAAGAAUGGAAGGCCCUGGCUCUGCGUGGUACCGAUAAACUGAAAACCGGAUCGAUCUCCCCGUUUACGCCAAAGGAUACCAAUGUCAUGGGAGGCAGUUGCUUCGCUAUGGAGGGUAAAGGCAGCAUGAGAAAUUAUGCCCGCGAUGGAGAGAAUGAUGAAAUUGGACCUACAAAUGAACGAUGCCCGCGCUAUCCAGGAGCAAAUAAGAAGUGCGAGGGGUUUUCUAUAGGUAAAUCCAUGAGAUACAUCUAUCAAAAAGGGAGCAACCGGCUGAUUCCUUGUCCUGCGGAUUAAGGUGACCACACUCAGGCGUACACCAACGUCAAGAGCAACCAAAUGAUGAAGAAGA